UGUGCGUUGUAUAACAAUUACUUGUGGCGUGCGAGAAAUUAUGCAGGGUGUACACAAUUUGUUUUAAUCCCCAGACGGAAGAGGAAGAGAUUUAGUUUCUCCCCUAGCGGCCAUAUUGUAUGGACUAUUGGUGGAAAAAGCAGUAUUUCAGCAGCAAAAGUCAUUUUAAGAAGAACCUUGCCAAGACUUUGGUUGGCGGUGGGAUUCAGUUCAACAGCUAGCUGUCCAGCUGGUUGAGGGAUUUCACAGAUCGGGGAUUGUGUUAAGAUAUAGAUUACUAUAUUUAUUUUUAGCUUGUUUAUUAACAGUCGUCAAGAUGAAGGACCGAUUGGAACAACUUAAAGCAACAUGUGACAAUGACGAUGAGGAAGUGGAAAUUGCUAUUGACAAUGCAGCUUUUAUGGAUGACUUUUUCUCUCAGAUUGACGACAUCAGGAUCAGCAUUGAUAAGAUUGAUGAGAAUGUGUCUGAAAUCAAGAAGCUCUACUCGGUCAUCCUGUCUGCCCCCACAUCAGACCAGAAAACACAGGAUGACUUGGAGGCUGUCACCAACAACAUCAAGAAGAUGGCUAACAACGCCCGGAACAAACUCAAAACCAUCGAGAGGGAUCUGGCGUCUGAGGAAGAGGAGAGGAUUUCAGCCGACAUGCGGAUACGCAAAUCACAGCAUGCAGUGCUGUCCAGGAAGUUUGUGGAAGUUAUGACCAAGUACAAUGAGGCCCAGGUGGACUUCAGAGAGAGGAGUAAAGGACGCAUCCGGAGACAGCUAGAGAUCACUGGAAAAGCCACGACAGAUGAGGAGCUGGAAGAGAUGUUAGAGGGGGGAAACGCUGCGGUCUUCACUUCAGGGAUCAUGGACUCUGGGAUCUCGAAGCAGGCUCUCAGUGAGAUCGAGGCGCGACACAAAGACAUUGUGCGUCUGGAAAGCAGCAUCAAAGAGCUGCAUGACAUGUUCGUAGACAUCGCCAUGCUGGUGGAGAGCCAGGGUGACAUAGUGAACAAUAUAGAGGUGCAAGUGUCUAAAGCUGUGGACCACAUAGUAGUGGCUAAGACUGAGACCAAGAAAGCCAUCCAGUACCAGAGCAAAGCACGCAAGAAAAGGGUGAUCAUAUUGGUGAUUCUGAUUAUCGUGCUCGCCAUAGUGGCUCUGAUUAUUGGGUUGUCGGUGGGAUUGAGUAAGAAGAAUUGAUGGAAGGUGUCUGAAUAAGAGUUGUGUAAAGGAAGACAAUCAUUAUAGCAGUGGUCUGUACUGUGCUUGCUGUCCUCAUCCUCGCCAUCAUCCUAUCACAGACAGUAGGGUAAUAGAGGGACCACAGCCCCCCCACCCAACCAUCUUCAUAAUCACUCCAUUUUGCCCACCUCCAGCUGUAACAGCAAAGAGGGGGAUGUAGACUCAACCGAUCACUUCCAUUGCCCUGGGAUCCUCCCUCUCUCUUACUGUAUGUCUGACCAAUAGAAAAAGGCCCAGCUGAUGGGACUGGCUGGUGUCUUCCCUGAGGUGGCUGAGAGGAUGAGCAUCAGCUGGGAGAGAAACAAAAGGACCAAAACUGAGACUGUUUAUGAACCUCUGAUAAUGCCAAUAAAAAGGGAAUCUUAAGUAAUGUAUAUCCUUACCCUCACACAACUAAAUGGACACCAUGCAACACUUCAAUGACAUUCUCUGAACUGCUUUCUAUGUAUCCAGUAAUGUGAUUGAUCUUGAUCCACACUGAAGGGAAUCCAUGACACGUCUCUCUCAUUACAAAAAAAAACAUUGACUUAAUGUAUCCCUGCCACCACCCGUGCCUUAUUGUCUUGCCAUGAUGACCCUCCAAGCUGAAAGGUAGCCAGCCAGCCACAGCCUCCUCCAGCCCACAGAGGAACGUUGACCUCACCAUAUCACAUGAUCUGUACUGAGGAUGGAAACCAGUGAAUUUCACUUCAAUCUAUGUUGAGCAAUGUGCAUGUUUGAUGCCGCUUGAAUAGUGUUUUUAAAACUCCUAAAGCACACCUAACCUCUAAGCAUUUGGGUGAGAUAUGAGUCUAACAUCUGAUUUGCGCCUAAGCCUCUUUUUUUUUUUUUUUUUUUUUUUUUUGCUGUCUGUCCAAUUUUAAAUUAAUUUCCAUACCUCAGACACGGUGGCCAAUGGCAAGGCUUUAAUUGAGACAAGAUCUCAGUUACGUACUCGUGUCCCCUCUCCUUCUCAAAACCAAUUGGAGGAGAAGGUCCGUGGGAAGGGACUUCUGGCUUUCUCAUCCAAUGGGUUUUGAGGAGGGAGGGAGGACACGUGGAGUAUGUAAUUGAGGUCAUCCCUGAGGGUCUGGAUAUUUCAAGACCGUUUUAAAUGUAAUAUAACUUCACUGUAGUAUUAUGGUGGAUGCCAGAGAUUUUAAUGAUGGAAUAAAAUGUUUUAAAAAUA